ACAAUGUCCGGUCGAGCUUUCAAAAUGCCUUGAUCAAUCUCAACAGACUCCUCCAACUCUCUGGAUCCGAAAAUCGCGAGGAUCCAUCAUGCACUGCAAUGAAUAGAAGAGUUCCAGGAUGCCGCAGUGCCUUGAAUUGACCCGAGCAUAGCUGAGGCGUGAUAGCAAUCAAUCCAACUGAUUGUUGGCAAGCUCAGAGCCCUGAUGCCAAAUCAUCAUGUGGACAGGACGUCGUCGCCUUGAGAGGCCGGUACACUAUCCUGAAGCACUCCAAUUCGAUGUCAUUAACCUCUCUCCCUCCUCUUCCCGGUCUCACCGUUCAAGCUGUGAUAUCUCGAUCUGACUGGAUAUGCGUCCCUCCUUGCGCUUCUCCUUGUGCGCAGCGCUGUUCGUUUCGAUUCGGAAAUGCGUGCUGGGCACGCUUACGAACCGAACGAUUGACGACGAGAACGGGGACUCAGUCACAGGCCUCCAGCCAACUUAUUUACCCGCUGGUAAUUGGAGCUACGGCCCCGAUUGUGCUGGCUGUUAUGUGGAACCAAACAUCAAUGACACGUUUGAGCACUCCUGGCAUGAUACCACCGCGUUCCUCUCAGACACGGCCCCUAGGAACGUAACGCUCGUAUUCGAUGGCAUUGCUAUCUGGGUAUACUGUAUUAUACCGAAUUACGUCAAGGAUGCGAUAACUUUCGUGAACAUCAGCUUCGAGCUCGAUGGCAACACCGUCGGGUCAUAUUCGCAUCUACCGAGUGACUCCGAAGAUAUGGUUUACAAUGUGACAGUAUAUAGCAACAUUUCUAUGGAAAACAAGGAGCACAUGUUGAUCAUGACGCCAAGGCGCGAUGUUAGUCAGUCAAUUAUACUGUUCGACUGGGCGGAAUAUACGUACGAUUCCGAUCCAUCGGUGACAUCGACUACUACUACUAGCGCUAGUACUGGAACUACAAACGAUAGUACUGGAACGCCAAGUGCAGCGGCUUCUGCUUCCAGCACCCCAUCAUCUUCAUCACAUAGCCCCAUUGGUGCUAUCGUCGGCGGUGUCGUCGGCGGAGUGGGCGCGCUCGUUAUCGCUGUCCUGGUCUUCCUAUGUAUACGGCGCCGUGGCGGACGCGGGGCAGACAGGAUCUGGCGAGUGGACGGCGGAAAUACGCGGCGACACGAGAUCGACGAAAGCGAGCUAAUGGCCAAAAUAGAGCCAUACAUGGAUCACCCAGUCACAACCGAGGUGCAAUUUCCGAACGUAAACGGACCAUUCGAGGGCUCAGAAACGACUAUUGGAGUUCCUCAAAGCGCCCAUACCGACCCAGCGACCAAUGUCGCCACCUCCGGCUCUUCAGCGCCAUCCACGAUAGCUGCUGCUUCAAGCGUCGCCAAUGUAUCGCCGAAGACAAACGAAGGCAGGCGGACAAAGGCAGCAAUACGUCGUGAAGAGCUGUCACGGCAAGUGCACGACGUGGAGCAGCAGGUUGCUGACUUGCAGCACCGCCAAUCGCGUAGCGGUGGCGCGUUCCUGGAUCAGCCUAGUCGCCCAACGGCGCACCAGCUCGAGGAGGAAGUACAGGUGCAUGACGACUCGGAAUUACGGAGACAGAAUGAAGUCUUGCAGCUAGAGGUAGAGAGGUUGAGGGCGGAGCAGGCGGCAGCAAUGGACGAGCCUCCCCCAGCGUACGAGGACUGAACGACUGUGACACAAGUGCUGUUAGAAAUUUCAUGUACUUAUCUCGGACGCUGUUUAGGUUUUUUCCAUUCUGUCCUGGCUGGCUGGACUGCACGCACUGUUCGCUGAGUUUAGAACCAAUUUUCGUUAAUGAUGGUGAUAGACGCCGGAAGGACAUGAGGCGAAACGCGAUAAGUACGUGUCGCUAGGCUACCAUCCCGCCGAGACUGCUCCUUGCGAGCUCUGCAGCAACUGUCCGCCGGUCAGCGCGCACCGCCUCCCUCUUUACACGCUCGUCGCCAGCGCAUCGUUGGAUUU